AUGCCUUUCAACUCCGCUUCUGACGCCUUUCAACUCCACCCCGACGUUCGCUCGUAUGGAACGUACCUCAGGAAUCUGAUCGACGACGAGCCGUCGUUCUGGAGCAGCGACGAGCUGUGGGAAACGCUCGAGACCGGGGAGGUGCUCGCGAUCGAUUACGAGCACUUCUCGAGCGUUUUAUACAGACGCCUGCGCGUCGACGCGGAGGCGCGCGCGCGCGGGAGGCCCUCCGACGCGGACGCGGCGAGGCUCCUCGACCUCGUGGACGAGUACGUCGGCGCGGAGAAUUUUUCGCUGCUGUGCCAAAAGACGCUGCAGUUCCUCAACGAGGACGACCUGUGCGCGUUCACGCGAGGGUUGCUCCCGGCGAGCGCGCUCGAGGACCCGGAGACGGCGACGGCGGUCCUCGCGGGGGGUGCGAAGGACGACGCGCGGGGUGGUGGGAACAAGAAGAAGAAGACGACGACGACGACGACGACGCGAGGGACGGAGAGAGAGCCCGGGGAAAUCGCGGACCCGCGGCGCGCGUACCCGUACGAACGCGACGAAUACGACGACGACGCGUGUACGCCACGUGGACGCCACGUCGACCCGCGCGACGUCGCGGCCGCGGCGGCGUUCGCGGGCGUGCGCUGGGCCGGCGAGCACGAGGUCGCGCUCGCGUGCGACCUCGCGACGCGCGCGCGGUUCCUGAUGACGGCCGUCGAGGAGGGCGUCGCGCGCGGCGACGCCGACGCCGUCGCCGCGCGAGACGCCGUCGCCGCCGCCGCGUCGAUCGACGUUCCAUCUUCCACCACCGAAACCGAAACCGAAACGGACGCCGACCACCUCGCGUUACUGCAGCACGCCGCCUCGGGCGUCGCGUCGGGCUCGCCCGAGGACGGACGCCUCGCGCUGCUGCUGGAGUCGUUCGCGCUGCGGUGCCGCGUCCACGGGAGGGCGGGCGCGCCGAGCGCGGGCGCCGCGACGACGGCGGCGGCGGCGGAGCGAUUGAUGCGCGAGAACGGCGUCCGGUUCCGCCGCGUCGGCGGCGGCGGCGGCGGGGACGAUAGCGGCGGCGACAGCGGCGGCGACAGCGGCGACAGCGGCGGCGGCGUCGCGCGCGUCGGCGCGCGGAGGUUCGCGGGCGGGUACGACCUCGUCGAGGACCCGAAGGAGGAGCGACGGCGGCGGAAGAGAGCGCGGAAGAAGAAACGAGAGAAGAAGGAGAAGAAGGACGCCAAGAGGAGAGCCAAGGAGGCUGAGGCUGAGACUGAGGCUGAGGUCGAGAUCAAGGAGAAGGAGAAGGAGACGGUGGAAGAUGGAACGUCAACCGACGCGGCCGCGGCGAAGAAGGCGGCGAAGAAGCGGAAAGCGCAGCCGUGGGACGCGAUCGAAGACGACGACGACGACGACGGCGGCGGCGGCGGCGGCGGCGGCGCGGCGGCGGGCGACCUCACGCUGUGGCGCGUCGAGAGCGACGGGUGGUGCAUGGCGUGGGGGAUCGCGGAGCUGCUCGAUCAUCUCGUCGAUCACGCGCUGGCGCGGUGGUUGGCGUGGGUCGCCGCAGCCGCGAAGACCGCCGCCGCGGGGGGGGAGAGCGCAGGGCGAACUCGCGCGACCGGGGCGGGUUUUUAG